AUGUCGGCCCCACGAACUAAGCGCCCCUUCGCCGGCGCAUCAGUCGACCCUUCUCAGCGCCAGAUUACAUCCUUCUUUACCACUCGCUCCGGACCAGCUCCCCUGGCAGGCCCUUCGCCUACGCCAGCCGCCGCCGAGAACAAUCUCCCAUCGGAAGUUCAGUCCAACCUCCUCUCCGUUGGCAUGCGUAUUCGCAAGUCCGUUCCCGAAGGCUACAAGACGGGCACCUACAGCAGCUUCAAGCUGUGGAGCGAUGACUCCGCCCCCGUCGUCCGGACAACACUCACCACUGCCUCUCCCUCAACCACCCGCAAGCAACGCAGCGCUGCUAACUCUCAACGCGAACUCAUGCCCUUCUGCGGCAUCAACAAGAUCGGCGGUCUCUCUAGUCAGCCCAUGGCCGCGGACGAUUAUGACGAUGUGCCCAACAUUGACGACGUGCCAGGCUUGAGCAGCUCUCAGGAGAGCGUUGAGAGUGUUGAUGUAGCUGAUAACGUCGUUGGCGACGGACGUAGCCGCAAACGCUACUUCGGUGACGAUGAUGAUGGGGGCGACAAGCCGGUGCAGAUGUGGGCAAACCACGCAGCGUGGCUGGAAGGUGAAGUCAGCCCUUGCAGCCCGGCGCCUUCUGGGUGGGCCAACGCGAGAACCUUUGCAGUACCACGCAAGAGCCGCAGGAGCAAGCCUGUGGUUGAACAGGAGAACCUUGCCCUUGACGACUUUGAGGAUGCGGAGUUUUUAGUUACCCCUGACACGGACAUGAGCGACGCAUAA